AUGCCUGUAGAUCCAGCAAUAGAAUGUUGGCAUGGUGCAGUUGUUCGGCUGGGCGAAACCGUCAACCAGGAUGUGGCGGUUAAAACCUCCGACCAGGAUUCGCAGGUUCAGUUGGAUCGGCAGACAGCCAGGGAACAAGUGGCCGACACCUAUAUAAGGUAUAUAAUGGUGGCCAAUUAUCUGGACAAAUGCUUAGACAUUAUAGUGCAGCCUCAGAAAAGAAUCGUCUUGAGAAGACUGCUGGAUGCAACUUUGGGACGCGUCAUAGAACUAAAACACGAUUUGGUGAAUGCUGAUAUUUCUGAAACUGGACACGUUGAUGAUAGAUUGUCUAGGAUGAAUGCAACCCCUCAAGAUGCCGAAUCGAACAUCCCUCGUUAUGUGAGACGAGACCGCGCCAAACAAAUCGCCGAACAAAAAAAUACGAUGGACCAAAUCCUUAAAGGUUUAGGCUACAUCGACGGAGACGAAGAUUUACCGCCGAUGACAGAACUGGAGGCCAUCAGGAUUAUACAGACGCACGAACGGGCGAGACAGGGACGAAUCAGGGCUCAAUUUAUGCGAGAAAUCCGUAUUUUGAAAGAAAAGGGCAAGCAAGACGAGUCAAAAGAACGUCAAGACACUGCCCUUUUGGCAGCUUUGAGGAUUCAGAGAAAUUGGCGCGGUUUUGCAGCCAGAAGACGCAUCAGGCAGCGCAAAAUUGAUGAAAUGCUUCUCAUAGGAAUGAUACCGCCUUCGGAGAACGAUGAUCGAAUUAUAAAUGAAGCAGAAAAGGUUCGUCUAAAGAAAGUUGAGCUCCAGGAUCUUUAUCAGGCCGAGUACGAGGCUGCUUUGGAAGACACAAAAAAUCUCAUUUUGCGCGAACAAGGCGAAGCCACCAAGGAAAGAAUUUCCGAUGAAUUGAGAACCUGGUUCAAGGACACGCACACCAAUUGCGGAAAAUUACCAGAAUUUCCAUCUGAGGAACACGGUGGAUCCAGAUUGAUAUUCAGCAGACAAGGUACUGAAAGUGAAAUGAGCAAGUCCUUCUCCUCUCGUGAUUCAAAGAAAAGCAGAGAGAAAACUAAAUCCACAAAAAGCAAAUCUGGUAAAGAUAUGGUCGAGGAAGAAGAAACUGAUAUCGAGGGCUUCAAGAUAACUCAAUCGAUGUUUUUGCCAGAAAUCAAGAACGGAAUAGAAGAAUAUGAAGAUACAUGGGCUAACAGAGAUGAAUCGGAUAAUCCUGAACAGAGACACUGUCAGCAUUUGGUUUAUCAGCAGAAAAAAUAUGAAGUUGAGACAGAAUUGAGGAAGAUUGUUGAUGAUAUGAUGAGGAGCGAGUUGGAACAACUCCAGUUGGCUUUAGAGAAAGACCGCGGCAAGAAGUCCAAAAAAGCCCCAAAAAAGAAAUCAAGAAGAAGUGGCAAAAAGGGCAAAAAGAAAAAAGAAAAAGACUUAACUCCAGACAGAACCACAGCCUCGUUAUUUGAAGAACUUGUAACAAACGGGAUUAUUAGAAAGUAUCCAGAAGUUUUUAUGUCAUCGUUCUUAGGAGAAAGGUCUAUUGUUCAGCCUGUUCCUGGUAGAGAAGGCAUUGGUGAUAUUCGACAAGCUAUUAAGGAAUAUUGCAUACUGCCUUUGGGAUCUCAAACGAUUCAUCAAUGUGCUCCACUAGUUAAAUCAAUAUUGAUAUCAGGUCCCCAAGGCAGUGGUAAGAAAAUGCUGGUCAACGCAAUCUGCACCGAACUUGGGGCCACAUUAUUCGAUUUGACCCCUGGCAACAUUGUGGGCAAAUAUCCCGGCAAAACGGGCCUGGUGAUGCUGAUGCAUUUGGUCAACAAGGUGUCGAGGCUUUUGCAACCUUCAAUUAUCCUGAUGGAGGACGCAGAGAAACCGUUUGUGAAGAAAAUUCCUAAGACUGAUCGGACCGAUCCGAAGAGGCUGAAGAAGGAUUUGCCCAAACUUGUCAAAGGUAUAUGCAGUGAGGACCAAAUCAUACUGAUAGGCAUAUCGCGCAGUCCAUGGGAUGCUGAUCAGAAAUUGCUGGCACAAACUUAUACCAAAUUCAUCACCAUUCCAAGACCGAGUUAUGGGUGUCUAUCAUAUGCCUGGAAGGAACUUCUGAAGCCCUAUUCAGGAAUCAAUAAGCAAUUUGAUACUUCAGUCAUGGCCAGGAUAUCCGAUGGAUAUACGAUUGGUUCGAUAGCCGAGUCCGUCCGCGAGGUGAUCACCUGCAAGAGGAUGCUCCAGUUGAGAGUGCGCCCCCUGGCCUAUACGGAGCUGAUAAAUGCUCUGAGCUCCCGGGACCCCGUCUACCGCGAACAGGACGAGGCCUUCGCCCAGUGGCUGCUGAAGACUCCUUUGGGUAAAAGGAAACAGCGUAUGGCCGAGAUGUUGGAGCAGGCCAAGAUGGAGCAGGAGAAGAACGCCAACAAGUAG